UUUGAGCCUCAUAGAAGCAGAUGAUCUUUACAGUGACUAAAUAUCUGUGUAAAAUGAAUAACUGCAUGGAGAAGAUGAAGAUAAUUAGUUAACUGACAUUAUUUUUUGUUCCUUGCCUUUAGCCCUACUGUGUCUUUCAUACUCCUCUUCUCAGUUGCCUUGAGAAAGAAUGUCUAAAUUAUUAUUAGUAAUUAACCAAAACAUCUGCAUUUUAGGCUGUAAGCCAGACUUUUAUAAGAGGAUAAAACAGGUUGUGAGAUCUGUUGUGAGACACUUGUAAUGUGUCCUGUGUGAAAGGGGCAAAAACUUCACACACAGUGACUGUCUUGGAAGGAAAAAAUCUCUUUCUUUCUGUAUAUUAGUUUUUUCCUUUUAUUUAUUUAAAGAAUAAUUUAUGCUUUGGACAAAUAUUCAUAGGAGCUUGAUACAACUGUAAGUUCAUGGGUGGUGUGAAAGUGUUAGUGUGUAUGUAUGUAAAUGCUACAUUCCUUCCAGCUUACGAUAUUUUCUGAAUUCACCUUCAACCCCUCAACCUACUCACACUUGAACACACACAGACAAAGACAGCAGUGGCAUUAAUAAAGCAUGUACCCCGAGGCACACACACACACACACACAAAAAACACACUGUGCCCAGCGCUGGCACUGUGAAUGAGAUGAAGGGCACAGUGGUGAUAAAGUCUUGAGUAGAGGGCUAAAUGUGGAAGUUAAAAGUGAUAAGAAGUACCCAAUGAACUGACACCCAUAAGACAGCCAUCAGAAGCAGCAGUCAGGACUAAACGCAGUUCAGUCACUAACAGGUUUGUAUUUUGAGUGGGAGGGUGACCCCGACGUUGAAGAAGCCUUGAAGAACCUGAAGGCUGAAACCUUACAAGAUACUGAGAAAACGAACAGUGAUCAUCAUCAGAAAAGGCAAAAAAAAAAAAAAAAAAAAAUUGCUACGAUAUUCAGAAGCAGUGCGUGAGAAACUGCACAGUGCUACUGCUACGUUUGGAAAGCCAAAAGGAACAUUUGUCAAGGAACGACCAUAAAUCUGACAAGAAAUGACUGACAUGGAGAAAGAAGAGGUCCCAGCUGCUCCUGUGUUUGCUGAAGAGAUGAAAGAGGUUACGAUGGUGGAGAUGGAGAAAAAAGAAUCUUUCCAAGAGACUGUGGUGACAACCCUGACCAAACUGACCACUGUGGUUGACACAACUACAGGAAGGACAGAUGCACAGGAAAAGGUAGAGGUUGACAGUUUAACAGAGGAGAAGGAGCAAAAUGAAGCAGGAGAAGAGAAUGGAGAGGAAGAGGAGGGUCAUGCAAAGAAGUUCCUGGGACCUUGGGAAUCAGAGGCCUCCUCUGAAGUAAAGCCUCCACUGCCUGACCCGGCAUUCAACAGGAGGUGCAGCUUGCUCGCCAGUGAUGCGAAGUAUAAGGAGGACCUUGAAAAGAUGAGGGGUCGAAGUCUGUUUGUUCCAGGAGCUGAACUCAUCCAUGCCAAGAACAUAAGUGCUGUGAUAUCAGAGUCUAGGUACAAAGAGGACGGAAAGAAGGAAGCGUCAGUGUCUCUGUACUCUGUCAUGCCGGAGACGCCUGAGACUCAACAUGCCAGAGAGGCUUCAGAGCUGCAGAGUGAGAUUAAAUACAAAGGAAAUGUGAAGACAGAGAUUUCCUCCUCUCUUUAUUCUCUGCUGCCAGAAACAACUGAGACUCAGUUUGUCAAAGAACUGACAGAGAUACUGAGUGAGAACAAAUACAAGGAGGAAGGAAAGAAGGAGAUGAGCAGCAGUUUGUACUCUCAGCUUCCUGAAACUGCUGAGAUGCAGCUGGCAAAGACAGUCCACGAAUUUCAGAGCGAGAAAAAGUACAAAGAAGAAGGUAAGAGAAAGGCUUCGAUCUCCCUCUACUCCCAACUCCCUGACACUCCAGAAAUACAACAUGCUUUGGAGGUGUCUCAGCUGCAGAGUGAGGUGAACUAUCGCCCAAAGAUGCUAGUUAAAGGAGCUCCCUCUUCUCUUUACUCUCAGCUUCCAGAAACCACAGAGAUCCAGUUUGCCCGAGAAAUGACUGAGAUGCAGAGUGAGAGUAAAUACAAGGAGGGCGGCAGGAAGAGCCUGUCCCAGAGCUUCUACUCUCAGCUCCCAGAGACUGCUGAGACCCAGUUUGCUAAAACUGUUGCUGAGCUGCAGAGUGAGAUGCGGUAUAAGGAAGCAGGUAAAAAGGACGUGAACUCGUGUUUGUACUCUCUUCUCCCGGAGACAUUGGAGACGGCUCACGCCAGGGAAGUGUCUGAGCUCCUCAGUGAGGUGAAGUAUAAAGAGGAGGGUAAGAAGGAAAUGAGCAUCAAUCUGUACUCUGUGCUGCCUCAGACCAUCGAGAGCCAACACGCUAAGGAGGUGUCAGACCUGCAGAGUGAGGUAAAGUAUAAAGAAGGUCUGAAGCAGAAGAUGCAGAGCAGUUUGUACCAUCAGCUCCCAGAGACCACAGAGACACAGCUGGCCAAACAGCUGUCUGAACUGCAGAGCGAGACAAAGUACAAAGAAGCGGGAAAGAAAGGAGUGAAUACCUGCCUGUACUCUCUUCUGCCUGAGACCCUGGAGAUUCAACACGCUAAAGAGACCACAGAGCUUCUCAGUGAGAUCAAAUACAAGGAGAGUGGGAAGAAGGAGAUGUCCACCUCCCUCUACUCCACUCUGCCUGACACCUCAGAAACCAGCUUCGUCAGAGAGAUGACUGACAUGCUGAGCGAGAGUAAGUACAAGAAGAAUGUCAUGAAGAGCCUCUCGCAGAGUGUGUACAGUCAGCUCCCAGAGACCAGUGAGACUCAGUUUGCUAAAAGUGUUUCUGAGCUGCAGAGCGAGAUGAAGUACAAACAGGGAAGGAAAGAAGUGUCCAGCUCUCUGUAUUCUACCCUUCCUGAGACUCUGGAGACCCGGCAUGCCAAAGAUGCCUCUGAACUGCAGAGUGAGCUGAAGUACAAGGAGACUUUAAAGAAAGGUCGUUCCUCCAGUCUGUUCCACCUGCUGCCAGAGACCUUGGAGACGGUGCACGCAAAGGAAAUCUCCGACCUUAUCAGUGAGGUGAAGUAUAAAGAGGAGGGUAAGAAGGAAAUGAGCAUCAACCUGUACUCUGUGCUGCCCCAGACCAUCGAGAGCCAACACGCUAAAGAAGUGUCAGACCUGCAGAGUGAGGUGAAGUAUAAAGAUGGCUUGAAGCAGAAGAUGCAGAGCAGUUUGUACCAUCAGCUCCCAGAGACCACAGAGACACAGCUGGCCAAACAGCUGUCUGAACUGCAGAGUGAGACCAAGUACAAGGAGGCGGGUAAGAAAGAGAUGAACACAUGUCUGUACUCCCUCCUACCUCUCACCAUGGAGACACAACAUGCUAAAGAAGCUGCAGAGCUGUUCAGUGAGGUCAAAUACAAGGAAAGGGGGAAGAAAGAAAUGUCCAACUCCCUCUACUCCACUCUGUCCAACACGUCAGAGACCACCUUUGCCAGAGAGAUGACUGACAUGUUGAGUGAGAACAAGUACAAGGAGGAUGGAAAGAGAAGCCUCUGUCAGAGUUUUUACUCUCAGCUCCCAGAAACAACAGAAACUCAGUUUGCUAAAGCUGUCUCUGAGCUGCAGAGUGAGAUGAAAUACAAAGAGACGGGAAAGAAAGGAGUUACAAGCUCUUUGUACUCGACUCUACCUGAGACGCUGGAAACACAGCACGCUCAGGAAGCUUCACAGCUGCAGAGUCAGCUCAAAUACAAGCAGAGGUUACAGAAAGAUUCCUCCAGUCUGUAUCACCUGAUGCCAGAAACCAUCGACACUCAGUUUGCCAGAGAGCAGAUGGAGAUGCUCAGUGAGGUCAAAUAUAAAGAAGAUGGUAAGAAAGAGAUGAGCAUCAACCUGUACUCUCUUCUCCCUGACACCAUCGACACCCAGCAUGCUAAAGAGCUGACAGUCAUGCAGAGUGAGGCUAAAUACAAAGAGGCCAGUAAGAAGCAGACAUCAGCAUCUCUGUAUCACCAACUGCCUGAAACUCUGGAGACACAACAUGCUAAAGAGGCUUCACAGCUACAGAGUCAGAUCUUGUAUAAAGAAGCUGCUAAGAAAGAGUUGACGUGUCCAGUUUACCACCAGCUGCCUGACACUCUGGAGACCCAGUUUGCCCGAGAGCUCACUGACAUGCAGAGCCAAAACAAGUACAAGGAAGAUGGGAUGAAGAGCCUCACUCAGAGCUUUUACUCACAGCUGCCAGAAACCACUGAGACUCAGUUUGCUAAAGCUGUUUCUGAGCUGCAGAGCGAGACAAAGUAUAAGAAGUCAGGGAUGCAGGAGGCCAGCAGCUGUCUGUACUCUGUGAUGGCAGAAACUCUGGACACUCAACAUGCUAAGCAGGUGUCACAGAUACAGAGCCAGGUGAAGUACAAAGAGGAUGUGCAGAAGGAGCUGACGUCCAGUCUGUUCUCCAGCCUUCCUCAAACCCUCCAGACUGAAUUGGCCAAGGAGGUGACGGAGCUCCAGAGCCAGGUGAAAUACAAAGAGGGACAUAAGAACGGAGCUUCCUCGUCACUCUACCACCUCCUCCCUGAGACAGCAGAGAUGUAUUUUGCCAAGCACAUGUCAGAGAUGCAGAGUGAGGUAAAGUACAAGAAGGACAAAGAGGAUCUGCCCAACACUUUGUACUCUCUGCUGCCUGAAACUCUGGACACUCAGUUUGUGAAAGAGAUGGCUGAGACACACAGCGAGGUGAAGUACAAGCAGGCUGGGAAGCAGCAGGCAGCCUCGUCUCUGUACUCCAAGCUGCCCGAAACUCUUGAGACCAAGCACGCCAAAGAAGUGACUGAACUACAGAGUGAAAAAAAGUACAAAGAUGGAGGGAGGAAGGAGAUGACGUCAUCUCUGUACUCUCAGCUUCCUGAAACCUCAGAGACCCAGUUUGCUCGAGAGAUGACUGAGAUACAGAGUGAGAACAAGUAUAAAGAGAGUGGGAAGAAGAACCAGACUGUCAGUGUUUACUCUCAGCUCCCAGAAACCAACGACAUCCAGUUUGCCAAAGCUGUUUCUGAAAUACAAAGUGAGAGCAAGUAUAAAGAAGCAGGGAAAAAAGACAUGUCCAGCUCUCUGUACUCAAAGCUGCCCGAGACUCUGGAUACCCGGCACGCUAAAGAGGUUUCACAGCUGCAGAGUCAGGUGAAAUAUAAACAGGACAGUAAGAAGGAGGUGAGCAGCUCUCUGUAUCACCAACUACCUGAAACCACAGAAACCCAGCUGGCUAAAGAGCUGAGAGACAUUUACAGCGAGGUGAAAUAUAAAGAAGAGGGGAAGAAGGAGACCAGUAAGAGCUUGUACUCACUCCUCCCCGAGACGGCAGAGACUCAGUUUGCCAAGCAGAUGUCGGAGAUACAGAGUGAGACAAAGUACCAAAAGGACAAAGAGGAUCUUCCCAACACUUUGUACUCUCUGCUGCCUGAAACUCUGGACACUCAGUUUGUUAAAGAGAUGGCUGAGACACACAGCGAGCUCAAGUACAAGGAAGCGGGGAAGAAAGAAGCCAGCAGCUCUCUGUACCACCAGCUGCCCGAGACACUGGAAACACAGCAUGUUAAAGAGGUUACUGAGCUGCAGAGUGAGAACAAGUACAAGCAGAGCGGGAAGAAGCUGAUGUCAUCCAGUUUGUACGCUCAGCUGCCGCAGACGGCUGAGACACAGCUUGCCGCCAAGAUGUCUGACCUGCAGAGCGAGACUAAAUACAAGGAGGACGGGAUGAGGAGCCUCUCUCAGAGCUUGUACUCUCAGCUGCCAGAAACAGCUGAGACUCAGUUAGCUAAAACUGUCUCUGAGCUGCAGAGUGAGGCUAAGUACAAGGAAGCAAGCAGGAAGGAGGCGAGCAGCUGUCUGUACCACCAGCUACCUGAAACUCUGGACACGCUACAUGCUAAAGAGGUUACUGAGCUGCAGAGUCAGCUGAAGUACAAGGAAGGAGGUAAGAAAGAGCUGAGCACCAACUUAUACUCUGUGCUGCCCGAGACAGAAGAGAUGAAGUUUGCUAAAGCCGUCAUGGAGAUUCAGAGUGAGAAUAAAUACAAGCAGAAAGGCAGACAGGACAUCAGCAACAGUGUUUUCCACCAAAUGCCGGAGAUCAAAGACAUUGAGUUUGCUAAGCAGAUCUCUGAACUUCAGAGUGAGACAAAGUACAAAAAGGACAAAGAGGAUCUGCCCAACACUUUGUACUCUCUGCUGCCUGAAACUCUGGAGACUCAGUUUGUUAAAGAGAUGGCUGAGACACACAGCGAGAGUAAAUACAAGGAGGCGGGUAAGAAGGAGCUGGUGAACUGUUUGUAUUCGCUGCUGCCUGAGACCAAAGAAACUCAACAUGCCAAGGAACAAACUCAGCUGUACAGUGAGAAAGCAUACAGGGAGGAGGGCAAGAAGGAAGCCAGCUGCAGUCUGUAUGCCCAGAUGCCCCAAACCAUCGAGACCGUCUUCGCUAAAGAGCUGACCAAGACGCAGAGUGAUAAGUUCUAUAAAGAGAAAUUUAACCGCGAGAAGGGCAAGUCCAGCUACACCAACAUGAAAACACUGCCGGAGGUGGAGCAUGCUAUGGAGGUCAACAAGAAUCAGAGUGAUGUCAGCUACAGAAAAGGAAAAGAGGAGCUUCAUCACUACAACACGGUGCCAGACAGACCUGACAUUGUCAAUGCCACCAACGCUGCUAAACUGGCCAGCGACGUGGCCUAUAAGAGUAACACCAAGCUGCCCAUUUACAAUGAUGGCUCGCUUUUAGCCAGAACCGACAUCCAGCAUGCUAAGGAAGUUUCAAGACUGGCCAGCCAGGUGAAGUAUAAGGAGAGCUUCGACAGACACUUAAAGGGCCAGAAGCCUUGUUACAACCCAAUGGACUGUCUCUCCUUCAAACACACACAAGCUGCUGCUGCUCUGGCCAGUCAGGUGAAGUAUAAAACCAAGCAGCAGCAAAAACCAGAAGGUUCUUCAGACCUGCCGAACCUCCUGCAGCUGGAACAUGUUCUGCACGCCAGCAAACUGCAGAGCAACGUGGAGUAUAAGAAGAAGUACGAGCAGACGAAGGCUCAGUACCACAUGGCUCUGGACACAGCUGAACAGCUCCACCACAAGGAGAAUGCAGUGCUGCACAGCCAGGUGAAGUACAGAGAGGAGUAUGAGAGGAACAAAGGUCGCUCUCAGAUGGAGUUUGGAGACACCCAGACAUACAAAGUGUCUAAAGAAGCUCAGAAGAUACAGAGUGAGAGAGAGUAUCGCAGGGACUAUGAGGAGCAGAUGAAGGGCAAAGCCUUGGUUGAUGUAGACCAGACACCUGGAUACCUGACAGCCCGCCAUGCCAGCAGCCUGCUCAGCGAGAAGUCGUAUAGGAAGGACCUGGAGCAAGAAGUGAAGGGGCGGGGCUUAUCAGGUAUUGGGCUGGAGGAAACACCUGAGCUGCUUAGGGUUAAAAAGGCCAAUCAGAUACUGAACCAGAAGGAGUACCGCAGGGAUUUGGAGAGGGAGAUUGUGGGUAAAGGCAUGGAGUUGAGUGCAGAUGUUCUUGAGAUACAAAGAGCCAAGAGAGCCUCAGAGAUUCAGAGCCAGAAUUCUUACAAGCAGACCGAGCAGCUCAGAGAAAACUCAUAUGGGACGGUCACAGACACUCCAGAACUGCUGCACGCCUCCUACCUCAAAGACAUCUACAGCCAGAAGAAGUAUAAGGACGAAGCGGAGCGCUUGAAAGGAAGCUACAGUUUGGUUUCGGAAACCCCAGAGAUGGAGAGAGUCAAAGCCAAUCAAAGACACAUCAGCUCUCUGCGGUACUGCUGGGACUCUAAGCUGAUGAGAGGGCUGAUGUCUUCAGUCACAGAGACGCCAGAGAUUGUCCUCGCCAGAGAGAACACCAAGAAGAUCAGUGAUGUCCAGUACAGAGAGGAAGUGGGCCGCGGCACCGCUGUCAUGGACACACCUGAGCUGGAGCGAGUCAGACGCAACCAGGAGAAUAUCAGCUCAGUCAAGUACAAGCAGAGUGCAGUGAAGGCCACCAGUGUUGGAGUGACUCCAGAACUGGAAAGAAUCAGACAAAACCAGGAGAACAUCAGCUCGGUGAAGUACCAGCGAGGACUGCAGGAGAUGAGGGGGCGGAGCUGCACUGAGCUGGACACACCUGAGUACAGGCGUGUCAGGAAGUCACAGGACUCUGUCUCCAUGGCUAAGUAUCAUGAGGACUUUGAACGGUCACGUGGCCGCGGCUUUACACCAGGAUUGGAUGAUCCCAACAUGGAGCGCUACCAGAGAGCCAAUCAAAUGAUUGGAGAGGCAGGAUACAGCAAAGGGAUCCACCCUCAGGCGAUGGAGAUGGACAGACGACCAGGAGGCAUCAUUGUAGACCUAAAGGUAUGGAGAACAGACCCUGGCUCCAUUUUUGACUUUGACCCUCUGGAGGAUAAUAUCCAGUCCAAGAGCCUGCGUAGGAUGUCUGAGCGGGCUGACCGCAGACUGAGCAGGCAGCAUUCACAGCAGUCUCUCACCCACAGUCAGAGUCAGUCUGUGAGCUCGCUGACCUCUGACCUCUGGGACCGCAGCAGCACCGAAACUCCUGCUCCAGUCCUUCCAGGAGCAUAUCAUCAGGGUAUCCAGAUGCAACAGCAGCAGCAGCAACAGUAUCAUGGCUACAUGCACCAGACCAGCAUGUCGUCUGUCAGAUCCGUCACAUCGCCGCCGCACUCAGGUGCCAUGCGAGUUUAUCGGGCGCUGUAUGACUAUGCAGCUCAGGACCACGAUGAGGUUUCAUUCAGGGACGGCGAUGUCAUCAUCAACGCCCAGCCCAUCGAUGAGGGCUGGAUGUACGGCACCGUGCAGCGAACCGGCAAGUCUGGCAUGCUGCCAGCAAAUUAUGUGGAGUGUUGCAACUAGAGGAGGGAGCAGAUGGACGUCGGGCAGUGGUAAAAUGUAAAGAAUAUAAUCCACCCUCACUGUUAUAAAAUCAGCAGUGUGUGACCUUCUUUGUAUUUCAGGGAUCAUUUACAUUUUUGGUGUUUCUUCUUCCUGGAAAACUGGCCAGAUAUAAACAGUGACAUCACAUCCAGUUGUUUUCAGCUGUUCUAGUGGAUUUUUUUGGGUUUUUUAAAAGCACAAAAUGGUUCACCAACCUGAAACAGUAAAUAUUCAGUUUUGGUGUCAGAGACACACAGAUAUUUAUUUUUCUGCUGCCCCUACCGAUCUUUGAUACAAACAGGUCCAUGCUUCUUCUCUGGGUGUUAUUGAAAGGCAUUUUGGGAAAUGAUGGAAAUCACUAACUAAAGAAGAAGUCUGAGGGGAAGUGGAUUAACUCUGAGAAAAAGUAUGUUUACAAGUCUAACGCCUGGAACACAAUGAUCAUCACAGACUGCUGAUACCAGCUGAUAGAAUAUGGAACUCUUUUUAAGUUGAGGAAUGAAGGAAUGAAGGAGAGGAGGAAAACCAGAGAAAAUGUAUACAUUUAGCAUGCUGUCGAUAUGUCAAAUUUUGCAACUAGAGGAGGGAAUAAGAGAAGAAGGAUGCAUGAAGAAAGACAAUGUGAGAGAUUAGAAACAUCUAUAACUAUCUGUAAUGACCUGCAACAAACUAUAUCUGAUUUUUUUCCCAGCAAUUCAAGCACAGUAUGAGUAAAAUUAGUAAUUACAAAAAGCAAUUCAGUCUGACUGUCAUCUUGGAAGUGUUUAGACUGUAGAUUGAAGUCUGGUGAUAUUCUCUAUUUUUCUUGUCAUCAACAAAAGUCACACAAACACAGUCAAUCCCACUGCUGCCUAAGUACUCUCUAACACCAAACAUGGAUUAAUCCACCUCUGAAAGUAGUCUCAACUUCAGUGAGCGUCUUUUUAUGUAUGAAACUAUAUGACUGUUUUACAUCUUCUGUAGGAGCCAGUGGGCUUAGAGCUGAGACGACAGUCUGUUUUAGGAAAUUACUGAGCGUUUAAAAAGAAAAAGCAAACUUAUUAGGAACCAGUGGAAUUGCAGCUGAGAGCCACAGACAGGAAGUCAAACAGCAUUGAAAGAUGGACUAGCAAUUUGUUGUUGUUUUUUUUUUUGCCAGAUUUCUUUUUUUUUUUGCCAAUGAGAAAUAAAUUGAAUAACAUCAGACUCAUCCUCUGCAGAGAAAUGAAGAGUAAUAGAGAAAGAAACACUCAAAGAUCUCAGAGGAGUUGGAGAAUGAGGAGAAAGGAGGGAUACACUUUGAAUAGCUGAAUAUUCUGACUUUUCUCCGGAAUGAUGUGACCAAAGGAAAGAGGGAGGACAGACGGAUGAGUGGACAAAUUUUAGAAGUCAACAAUAAAUUAAUAGAAACACAAUUUAGGGAUCUCUCAAGUUUAAUGAUUUAUUUAUCCUGAGUUUUAAUUCAUGUUCAGAUGAGCGUAGUUAAGUUUGUGACUUCUGAUGUAAUCUACAGAAAGACAGAAAGAUCACACAGCACAGCUUCAGCAGCACUAACCUCUGUGUUUGUAACUUAACUAACACACUGUGUCUUUCUGUUUCUUGUAUCAAAAGAAUUGUACUUUUUAUUUUUAGCGAGAAAAAUGAAAGUGUUCUGUUUGUGUGCUGUCCAGUUAAGUUAACCUCCACAGACAGUAACAGUUUAUGCGGACUGAGUGUGUGAGUACGUAAGGCCUUGAGAUUUCUGUAUGUCGCAGACUAUUUUGAUACACGGUCUAUGUUUUGGAAAGAUAUAUUUUACUCUUUUAUGUAUCCAAUAUGUUGUGUUUUUAGGGUUUGUUGUCUUGCUGUGUGCCUCUUGGUCAUGUAUUGAAUAAAACUAAAUACUCAGCCAUGAGUUGUUAUCCUAGCUGGACAGUAUUUUGUAUUUUGUAUGUUUGAUUCCAUAAAUACUAGAUGCAAUAGAAUAUAAUUUACUCUGUAUUUGUGUUAAUUCUUGAUUUUUUAGAUGGCACUUUGUGUCAUUUUAUUGAUCCUUUGAUUUUCUUUAAUUGGGGGUUUUGGAUUAUAAUGUCACCAUUGUAAAGUUUUGAUUUAGAUUGUAUGUCAUCACACAUUAUACUAAGUUUAUUUUAUAUCAUUUGAAAUUAUAUAUCAGUCAGUCUCAUUUAUGCUUUCUUUUUUUGCCAUAUGAUAAUUGCAGUGUGUUACACGUGGUAGAAAUAAAAAAUAAUUUGUCAACAGAAAUGUGA